CCCGAUUAAAUAACCACUCUUCUUAAUAAGGGACCCUCCUUUGCUCCCAAAAGCAGCUCAAUCAUAUUCUCAAAACCCAACUAAUCCCCAUACGUCAUUCCCUUUCACUGCACUCUCUCUUUUUCUCUAGUCCCCAUGCAUCUCUCAUCCAGCACGAAUAGACUCAAAAUAAUAAAAGCAGAGAGUGCGAAGAAGAAGAACUUACAAUAAACCGACAGAUUUUCUCCCUUCCCUCCACUGUGAGUCCCCAUGGAGAUCUUCCACCAUCUCAACUUGAAAUUCUUCUUCUUCGUCAUCACUUCCUUGUUUUGCACAUCACUCGUUCUUGGUCUUGAUCCUCACUCAGAAGCCCUCCUGAGCUUAAAAUCUGAGUUCACAGACCAAGACGGUAGCCUGAGUGAUUGGUUAGAGCCUUCUGGAGAAACCCCACCUGAGAAAAUCUAUGCAUGCUCAUGGUCAGGAGUGAAAUGCAACGAUAACUCGACAAAGGUCGAGGCUUUGGACCUGUCUUCGAAGAAUCUCGGAGGAAAUGCAUUGUCAGGGAAUCAGUUUGGAAUCUUCACCGACCUUGUGGAUCUCAACCUCAGUUACAACUCGUUCUCCGGCCAGCUUCCAGCGGGAAUCUUUAACCUUACGGGGCUAAAAAGCUUGGAUAUAAGCCGGAACAAUUUCUCCAGCCAGUUUCCAAGUGGGAUUUCCCGUCUCCAGAAUCUGGUUGUGCUUGAUGCAUUCAGCAACAGCUUUUCAGGGCAGCUGCCCGUUGAAGUCCCCCUGCUUCAGAAUCUCAAGGUUUUGAAUCUCGCCGGAAGUUAUUUCAGUGGACCGAUCCCGGUGGAGUAUGGUUCAUUCAAAAGUCUCGAGUUUAUCCACUUGGCGGGCAACUCACUUGAUGGGGAAAUCCCACCAGAGCUCGGGAAGCUUAAAACGGUGAAGCAUAUGGAGAUAGGAUACAAUUCUUACCAGGGGAGUAUUCCAUGGGAGUUUGGUAAUAUGAGUGAGCUUCAGUAUCUGGAUAUAGCAGGGGCGAAUCUGACUGGCUCCAUUCCAAGUCAACUCUCUAAUCUAACCAAGCUUGAGUCGUUGUUCCUCUUCAGAAACCAGCUCAGCGGACCAAUUCCAUGGGAAUUCAGCAGAAUUUUGCAUCUAGCAAGCUUGGAUCUUUCUGAUAACCAACUUUCUGGGGCCAUACCUGAGAGUUUUUCAGAGCUGAAGAACUUGAAACUGCUUAGUCUCAUGUAUAAUGACAUGAAUGGAAGUGUCCCAGAAGGGAUCUCAAAGCUUCCUUCACUGGAAACUCUUCUCAUAUGGAACAAUUUCUUUUCAGGUCCUCUUCCAGAGGACUUGGGAAAGAACUCAAACCUCCAAUGGGUGGAUGUUUCAACCAACAAUUUCGUUGGUGGAAUUCCAGAAGGCAUUUGUGCUGGAAAUGCUCUGUUCAAGUUGAUCCUUUUCUCAAAUAAAUUCACAGGAAGCCUUGAACCAUCAAUCUCCAACUGCUCAUCCCUCGUUCGUCUAAGGCUAGAAGACAAUGCCUUCUCAGGGGAAAUUCCUCUGAAGUUCAGCCAACUUCCUGAGAUUACAUAUGUGGAUCUUGCGUUGAACAAUUUCACAGGUGGAUUUCCCAGGGAUAUUUCUCAAGCUCCUAAGUUGGAGUACUUCAACAUUUCGGAUAAUCCAGCCCUUGGAGGCACAUUGCCUACGGAAAUAUGGUCAUCACCGGUUCUCCAAAACUUAUCUGCCUCAAAUUGUACUAUCUCGGGGGCUCUUCCACCAUUUGAGUCCUGCACGUCCAUUUCCUUCAUCGAGUUAGGAAUGAACAAGCUCCAUGGAAGCAUCCCUGUAAGUGUUUCAAACUGUAGAGCUCUUGUCCAAAUGGAUCUGUCCCAUAAUAAUUUGAGCGGGAAAAUACCGGAAAAACUUGAUGAUUCUUCAACUCUAGUACUUCUAAAUGUAUCCUUCAACGAUAUCUCUGGUUCGAUUCCUUCCACCAACAUGUUUAGAGCAAUGGGUAGCAGCGCUUACGCAGGAAAUCCAAAACUAUGUGGAGCACCUCUCCAUCCAUGUUCAGGUUCGAUGACGAUAUUUGGCGGUAGAGGAACAAGGAAGCUUACAUGGGUGCUGUUAUUGUCUGCGGCUGUGGUUGUAUUAGUUUUGGCCCUGGCAAUAGGGGUAUUCUACAUCAGGAGAGAAGGCAAAGGUGAAUGGAAGAUGAUACCCUUUGCUGGACUCCCUCAAUUCACUGCAAGUGAUAUUCUGAAGGAAUUGCCUCCAUCAUCCGCUUCAGUUUGCCAAGCAGUGCUGCCAACAGGAAUAACAGUUUCAGCUAAAAAGGUCCAGCUGGAGGCGAAGACAAUGCAUGCCAGCAUGGAAUUGAUAAUGCAAAUUGGGAAUGCGAGGCACAAGAAUUUGGUAAGAUUGCUUGGAGUGUGCCACAACAAGCACCUAGCUUACCUUUUGUGUGAUCACUUGCCAAAUGGGAGUUUGGCUGAGAAGGUGACCAUGAAGAGAGAUUGGGCAACCAAGUGCAAACUCAUCAUUGGGAUUGCUAGGGGGCUUUCCUUUCUUCACCAUGAUUGCUACCCUGUGAUUCCUCAUGGAGAUCUGAAGUCGAGUAAUGUGGUCUUCGACGAAAACAUGGAGCCUCGUUUAGCAGAAUUCGGGUUCAAGUGCCUGGCAGAAAUCACUAGUGGCAAGUUUCCGGCAACAGUUUCCAGGAAAGAGACAGGUGAAGUCAAUGGUGCCAUUAAGGAGGAGCUCGACGAAGAUAUAUAUAGCUUUGGAGAGCUAAUUUUAGAGAUCUUGAGCAAUGGUGGACUUGCUAAAGCUGGAUGGGGUGCACAGAACAAGACUACAGAAGUACUCUUGAGAGAAAUAUGUAGUGAGAAUGAAUCUAGCACUUCUGAUUCAACUAAAAGGGAGAUAAAACAAGUUCUUGAAGUUGCUCUGCUCUGCACCAGAAGUAGAUCAUCUGAGAGGCCGACCAUGGAAGAGGCACUGAAGCUUUUAUUAAUGCCAAUUCCACAGAGCAAAUGAAUGGGGGGAAAAGCAGAUGUGGAAAACUGAGUUAUAGAUGUUUCCAUAUAGGAAGAUUAGCAGUAAUGAUAGAUAUAUACCCGAGUUCACUAAAUGAUGGUGAGUAUCUAUUUGUGCAAAAAUGUUGCUUAGUGUCCAUGUAACAUAAUAGCUCACAGUUUGUGUAUGUCAAACCGAAAAUAGCGAUCCUGAGAAUUGUCUAUUUAUCCAUGUGAGCCAUGCAAAUUGCUUUUUUUAUAAGGAUGAUCAGAGUUUCUACAUUAAUGAUGAACUUUCAUAGCUUGAUUCCUGGAAUUGAAAGAUGAACUCAAGCAAGUGAAUCUCAAACAAAAAUCAACCAGCAGAACGAUG